AAUCAGUAGCUUUCAACAAACGGCAGACGAACGUUUGUAGCUCUUCAAAUUAUUUGUAAAAGAAAAGCCGAAUUUCGUUUCAAAAUCUUUGUGAAAUGGCGAAACGCUUGAAGGCAGGAGCAUGCUGUCAGCCAGGAUGUCAGCCAAGAUGUCAGCCAAGCUGUGUACAGCCAAGGGAUACACCCAUGUCCUGUUAUCCUUGCACUCCCUGUGAUCCACCUCUGGUGCGCUUGGACAAACUAUGGCCGCAGCCGUACGAUCCUUGUUCCUUUAAGAAUUGCUUGAUCUUCGGCGGUCACGAUGAGCCGUAUUACCAGCCAUUUGAUCCUAAAGAGUGUGCUCGAAUGCGUCGCCAUAACAUCGAUCGAUCGUUGGGUUAUCCCAUAGGCGUAGUCUCGGGCAUAGCAAUGGUUAAGGGGGGAAUUCCGAAUCAAGAGAGCGUUCGUUUCGCCGGAAAUCUGAAGGCAUUCGCCCACUCCUAUUACACUCGUCGCGACGAAUGGAAACCGGAGACGAUCGAUAUGAUUGUGAACGAGGGCCAGGUGUUGUACAACGAUUCCGAGAACAUGCCAGAACCCAAUGCGCUGGAAGCCCCAGAUAUUUACGAUGAAAACGAACAGCGGGUUACGCGACACUUUAAGAUCAACGAAAUUGAGUUUGCCAUGGAAUUGGAGAUGCCAUUCGAAAUCUACGGCUACCCGAGUAUAAUUCACAAUCUUCGGAGAAUCCUGAGAGCCUUUUUCAAGCAGGCCAAAUAUGGAGUGUUCUUCACUCCCAACUGGUAUCUACUCAUUUGGAAGGAGAAGGGUGUCUGGAUGGUCUUGGAUCUGAAUGGCAGGGAUAGGAACACCAUGAAGCCAAACUAUGAGGAGGGUUUCCCUCUGCUACUGUGCCUCAAGUCCCUGGACAAUGUCGUCUGGUUGAUUAAGAAGAUGAGCGAUCUGGAGAAGGAUACUAGGUUUACGAUUAGGGAGAUCAUUGUGGUUCGGAUGGCCACCCCUGGUGCGUUUGGCCCUGGAGGAAGUGCACAAAGUUGGGAGCGAGAGCACGGGAUGCGAAUGAGCCAGUUCAAUGUGAUCGCCUCGGAUUAUGCCUAUGUCAAGUCGAAUCUACAUCUUACGCUGAACCCACAGGACGCUUUGAGGAAUCGAAGUGCUCUGCCAGUUGCCGUGGCCACCGCCCUGGCCUCCAAAAUCGAUCAUCCUGCCACUUGGGAUGAGAAAAUGUACGACAAGGUCAUGUGCUAUGGCGUUAAUAUGUGCAAAAACUGUUGGGAACCCUGCGUGGAUCUGAGUAAGCCCAUGGAUCUGGAUGAGUUCCCGCGACAGAUUCGCAUGGGUCAGUUUGUGGCCGAGAUUUUGCUCUCUCCAAAUGUUUACGAGGGCUGGUGGAAAUGUGUGCCGAUGUACAAGUUCAACGAUUUUCACCUAAUGCUGGAGAAGGCUCUCGACCAGAACGAUUAUGUGAUCUUUCAGAUCAACAAUCAAAUGUAUUCGCUGUGGAAGAAGUCUGAUUUCAUCUACCUAAUGGAUCCGUAUCGCCACAAUAUUGUGGGUCGCAUUUUGGAGGAGGGUGAGGAUCCCAAGAGUGCCACGGUUAGAAUGUUCGGAAACAUGGAUCGCUUGCUGAGUGUCUUUCAUCAGAUUUUGCUGGAAUCGAAUCGAUCGGCUAUGUUCCAUAUCCACACCCUCACGAUUCGAAAUAUUACGGAAUGUCCGCCUGGCACAGCUCCUGCUCUACUUCCUCCCGAUGAAGAAGUGGAAGUUAGAUCGCUCAACGAUAACAUUCGCUUCGAUGAGAACUACGACAAGUGUCUGCAAGAACUGGGCGAGAUCAGUGACUUCGAGGAGGAUCUGGCUUCGGAGAUCGAACCCAUUAUCGAGGUCAGCUCCUCGGAGGAGAUGGUCGAGGAGGAGGAAGGCGGAGGUCCUGCCGUCGAAGGAGGCGAGGGCGAAGACGAGGAGGAUUAAACACGAGGAGGCUUUCUCUCUAUGAAGCAAAGUUUGAAGAAAUUUGUCCAGUAUUUUUAUAGAAUUUUUUACUUCCACAUUUCAUAAUUUCAUGAAGCGUAUAAAUUAAAAGUGACCUGAUUGUUGAUUAGAAACUA